AUGCUCCUCUAUUUCAUACACACUUCUGCUGUUUUUCAUACCGGAUGCUGGAACAGACGAAAAAAUAAAAAGACUAGGAUAUCUAGAGUGCCAAAGAAAGAGUAUGAAAUAGAGCAGAAGAAACCAAAGCUUGUUCGAGUGCGACAAUGGGCGGAUGAAGACGAUUUUCGUUUGUUUGUAUAUUUAAAGUUAGACGAACUUAUACAGAAUGGGCAGGCUGGAGUCGAAGCUGUUGAUGAGGACGAGGAGAGUAACAUGGAGGAUAAUAAGCGAGACAACCAGGACAAUAGAACCAAAACUGUAAAUAUUACAUAUAUUAAUGGAGAUAAUUCUAAUACAACCACAGACAUUAUUACAGACUCUAGUAUGAAUACAAAUAUAAGUAAGAGUUCAACGACAAUAAGAGCCACUGGUACGACUAGUACUCCGAUCAUAAAUACAACAAGAACAACUACAGCUACCAUAAAUACUACGGCUACCACAAAUACUACAACCACAGCUACAACAGCGAAGUCUGCUAAUAGAACCAUUCGUAAUACUAAACUUUCAACAAUCAAAUCGUCAAUACCGACACCGUCGAUGUUGUUAAAACCUCACAACAAAUCCACUAAUGAACGUCCCCCUACCACCAUAUCCACUCUCUUAGCAGAAAUCACCCAAAACACUGACAAAAUAAACAAGAAAAUAGAAUCGCUAAUUCUCGAGGGCACACGUGCGUUGCAGUCCGAUUGGCGGGACUUUUCAAAGCAAGAUCGAGCGUGCGAUAAUAUAGAUGACGUUGGAGUUGAUUUGGACUAUUUUGCAUUCCUUGUUAGCAUGCCCGAUGCUAUUAAAGAGAUAGAAAGCCAGAAGGGCGCUUGGGCUGUUGCUAGAGAAAGACUCAGAAUUUUAAGUACAUUUUUGAGGGGUCUGGUAUAA